AUGAGCUGCUGUGAAAAAGCAAAGGCCGCCCUUCGACCUGUUAUGGAAGAAUUGUGGAAAUGUUUUGAGGAGCGAAACUAUGACAAGGCCAUCGAGUUAUAUCAUCCGCAUGCGGUUCUUGUCGAAAGAGGAAAAAGAGGGUUCUACGGGAAAGACGAUAUCAAGAAGCAAUUUAUCGACUAUGACAAGCAAAAAGGAAAAUGUACACUGAAGUCUUGGAAUGACGAACACUACCAAAUGACAGAGGACUAUAUCAUUGUUGAUGGCCAUUACGAAACACAAACGGAAAAAGCCGGCGUUAUAAAAGGAGAGUUCAACAUGAUUUGGAAGAAAUCGAAUGGCAAAUAUCUGGUGAAACGUGAUGAGUACACUGAGAAUUAA